GCCCCCUGCAUGCAUGCAAUAGCGAACCCCACCCUCUUUUUUAGUGCGAACACAAUCUUUCUCUCAGCUCAGCACAGCAGAAGUUUUUGUGGAGUCUACUAGAGCCCUAACAAGAGCAAGCAUCAGGACGCAACUGUAGAGUAAAAAUAAUGGGUUGUGCACAAAGUUCCGCAACAGAUGCGGUUCACGAUACUCGAGCUGGAGACCCAAACUUAGUCUCCAAACAAUAUGGCCCCCCACCAUCCCAUCAGCCGGCAAUCAGGAUGACCUCUGUCGGCUCUCCAGGGGGUCCAAUGCUCUCCCCUGGUCUUGUUAACGGAGUACCACCUCAUGUCCCACCCUCAAUACCCCCUCCCCUACCCGAAGAGAGAGGACAACAGUACAUCUCACGAUUUGCUUAUCAAGCAAGGACAUCAGAGGACUUGAGCUUCGAGAAGGGAGAAAAAUUGAGAGUGAUCGGAGACACUGCGGGGGAUUGGUGGCUGGCUAAGUCUGUCAAGAGUGGACAGGAGGGAUACAUCCCUAGAAACUAUGUGGCAGCUUUGGCUACCUUUGAGGCUGAAGAAUGGUACUAUGGGGAUGUGUCUCGAGCCGAGGCUGAGAAAUGGCUCUUAUAUCCCGGGAACCCCAGUGGUACCUUCCUGAUUCGUACCAGCUCUACCAAAGCGGGACUAUCUUUGUCUGUAAGAGACGGGGAGGGUAUCAAGCACUACCGCAUACGAAGACUGGACAAUGACGGAGGCUAUUUCAUUGCCAGUAGAGCUGUCUUCACUUCUCUGCAGGACAUGAUAGAGCACUACUCUCGUGACUCGGACGGCCUGGCCCAAAGGCUCACCCUACCUUGCCCCAGGGCAGACCUCCCUCAGACAGUCGGCCUCUCCUACAGAGAUGAGUGGGAGAUUGAUCGUUCUACUCUGGUCUUCCAAAAGAAGUUGGGACAGGGCAACUUUGGUGAGGUGUGGUCAGGCAUCUGGAAUGGUACUACCCCCGUGGCCAUCAAGACACUCAAAACUGGCACUAUGGAGGUGAAAGACUUUGUAGCUGAGGCUCAAGUGAUGAAGAAGAUCCACCAUCCUAAUCUCCUCCAACUAUACGCAGUGUGCACUCUAGAGGAACCCAUUUACAUCGUGACAGAGCUAAUGAAGCAUGGCAGUAUGCUCGAUUACCUGAGACACGGGGAUGGUCGUAACAUCACCAUACAUCAGGCCAUCGACACUAUCGCACAAAUUGCAUCAGGCAUGGCGUAUCUUGAGGAACACAACUACCUCCAUCGUGACCUCGCUGCUCGCAAUAUUCUAGUGGGGGAGGGCAACGUCUGCAAAGUGGCCGAUUUUGGACUUGCCAGGAUUAUCAAAGAGGAUAUCUACAAUCCUCGCGAGGGUACAAAGUUCCCUAUCAAGUGGACAGCCCCUGAGGCCGCACUCUACAAUCGUUUCAGUAUCAAAUCGGACGUCUGGUCGUUUGCUGUGGUCAUUGCAGAGGUGGUGACGAGAGGAGCCAUGCCGUAUCCAGGCAUGAACAAUCGUCAAGUACUGGAGGCCGUUGAGCGGGGAUACAGAAUGCCCAAGCCUGAGGGAGCACCUGAACCACUGUACAACAUCAUGCUCACUUGCUGGAAACAUGAAGCAGAAGACAGACCCACCUUCGAUUCAUUGAAAGCACUUUUAGAAGACUAUUAUGUAUCUGCAGCCGAAGGGGCUUAUAAAGAAGCUUGAUAGUAAUGUGUAGACAUUUUGAAGAUCUCUUUUUCCAUCCAUGUUUUCUUGUUUUAAACCACACAUGACUCUCAUUGUUGUUUUUUAUCACACUGUGUAUUCUUGCAUGUUCUUGUACAUUGUUUACUGUUUAUGAAGACUCUAUAGUACAUGUGUAAUUAUACAACACUUAUAAUAACUAUUUCACUCUUUUUAUAAUCGUCACAAUUAUGGCACUGUUACAGUCAUGAUUCUGUGCAUAAAGUUUUUAUAUGAUAA